UGUGGAACUUUUACAACUAGUGCUAUUAUUAUAAAAAUUUUUAAUUGUUGCUGUUUUAAUUUUACUACCAAGGUCUUGAAUGCAUUUCUCUAUCCUGUUACACAUUUCAUCAAAGAUCCUGUAGAAUUUGAUGAUCAUAUAGAAAAUGAUGAUUGUAUGGAUGAUGAAAAUGCUUCACUUU